CUAAAAUGGGAGUCGAUAUUCAAUCGUACCCAGUUCGCAUUGGAACAAACAUAUUUGCUCACGGGACUGACGUUGUCUUGCUGCAAUGCUGUGUCAUCAUCUCAGCGGGACUGAAUGCAGUUGGAGCCAUUACAUUCAUAGUUAUGCUGCUUCUGAUGGCGGGCAUUGAACCCAACCCGGGACCUCCAAAGAAAGACUGGCAAGCGCAUUCUGACAAGGAUUCAACGAAGAGUCCCCUCGAAGCGCACUUUGUACGCUUUAGGGCAAUAAACCGAUCGCGAAAACUACAGGAAAACAUGCGACCUCAAUGCAGGUUGACCAGAAAUUCAAUAGAAGUAUCUACAAAUGAGGUUGAAGACUUGCAAGCCCAAUCUGACGAGGAUUCAGCGAAUAAUCCUCCCCUUGGAGCGCACUUUGUACGUCUUAGGGCAACAGACAUGCAACCUCAACGCAGUGUGAUCAAAAGUUCAGAGGAAGUCUCUACAAAUGAGGUUGAAGCACAACAGAAAAAAACGAAUGUCUCAGUCAAGCCCAAAUCCUUGAGUACGAUGGAUGACCCUAAAACCAGUAAAAAGGUGUCGGAAAUACCAGCCAUGACUACACAAGAACCGAAACCGAAUGUUUCAGUCAACCAACAAUCCUCUUGUUCGAUUAUUUAUGCUAACCCAAAUAUCACGGAAUCACAAGUACCAGUUCUGUUCACAGGCAAAAAAAUGGAACGGCGAUCACAAGCGUCUCCGUUGGACCAACAUAACCCUGAUGUUUCGAUGCAAAAAGUAUCAGUGCCAAAGGCUCCUCCUGUUCGACAACCACACGCUUAUCAAUUAUAUGCUGCUCGGGUUUAUAAAAAGGAGUCGGCAGUUCAAGGAUCCAACGGUCCAGCGAUGGGUGACAUGGCGGAGAGCGCCGCCGUCACCGCUGACAUCGCCGGGACGGAGGAAGUGGUCAGCCAGAGGAGUACCGAUACCACUAAACAUCCGUCGGAACAGACCGCGCUCGUCGUCAUUCCAUCGGAUGUUACCGUGUAUAAGGGAUCCCCGACAAAAGACUCCGACGGCCCAGUGAUGAGUGACAUGACAGAAAGCACCGACGUCACCGGUGGCAUCGCCGAUACGAAGGAAUUGGAAAGCCAGAGGAGAAUCGGUACCCCUAAACAUCAGUCGGAACAGACCGCGCUCGUCGUAAUCCUAUCGGAUGUUACCGUGUAUAAGGGAUCCCCGACAAAAGACUCCGACGGCCCAGCGAUGAGUGACAUGACAGAAAGCACCGACGUCACCGGUGGCAUCGCCGAUACGAAGGAAUUGGCCAGCCAGAGGAGAAUCGAUACCCCUAAACAUCAGUCGGAACACACCGCGCUUGACGUUAUCCCGCCGGAUGUUACCAAGUAUAAGGGAACCCCGACAAAAAGAUCCAACGGUCCAGCGAUGGGUGACAUGGCGAAGAGCGCCGCCGUCACCGCUGACAUCGCCGGGACGGAGGAAGUGGUCAGCCAGAGGAGUACCGAUACCACUAAACAUCAGUCGGAACAGACCGCGCUCGUCGUCAUUCCAUCGGAUGUUACCGUGUAUAAGGGAUCCCCGACCAAAGACUCCGACGGCCCAGCGAUGAGUGACAUGACAGAAAGCACCGACGUCACCGGUGCCAUCGCCGAUACGAAGGAAGUGGCCAGCCAGAGGAGAAUCGGUACCCCUAAACAUCAGUCGGAACACACCGCGCUUGAUGUUAUCCCGCCGGAUGUUACAAAGUAUAAGGGAGCCCGGACAAAAAGAUCCAACGGUCCAGCGAUGGGUGACAUGGCGGAGAGCGCCGCCGUCACCGCUGACAUCGCCGGGACGGAGGAAGUGGUCAGCCAGAGGAGUACCGAUACCACUAAACACCAGUCGGAACAGACCGCGCUCGUCGUCAUUCCAUCGGAUGUUACCGUGUAUAAGGGAUCCCCGACAAAAGACUCCGACGGCCCAGCGAUGAGUGACAUGACAGAAAGCACCGACGUCACUGGUGCCAUCGCCGAUACGAAGGAAGUGGCCAGCCAGAGGAGAAUCGGUACCCCUAAACAUCAGUCGGAACACACCGCGCUUGAUGUUAUCCCGCCGGAUGUUACCAAGUAUAAGGGAGCCCGGACAAAAAUCACAACAUCACCACCGACAAAACCGAAUGAAGCAGUCAAGCCCAAAUCCUUGAGUACUAUGGGUGGCCAUGAAGACAGUAAAAAGGUGUCGGAAAUACCAGCUAUGACACAACAACCGAAACCAAAUGUUCCUGUCAACCAGCAAUCCCCUUGUUCGAUCAUUGAUGCUAACACCAAUAUCACGGAAUCACAAGUACCAGGUUUAAGGGAAACAGACACGCAACAACCUCAUCACAGUGUGACCAGCAGUUCAAAGGAAGUCUCUUCAAAUGAUGUUGAAGGUUUAAGGGCAACAGACACGCAACAACCUCAUCACAGUGUGACCAGCAGUUCAAAGGAAGUCUCUUCAAAUGAUGUUGAAGGUUUAAGGGCAACAGACACGCAACAACCUCAUCACAGUGUGACCAGCAGUUCAAAGGAAGUCUCUUCAAAUGAUGUUGAAGUGCCAAAGGCUCCUCCUGUUGGACAACCACGCGCUUAUCAAUUAUAUGCUCCUCGGGUUUAUAAAAAGGAGUCGGGUGUUCAAGGAUCCAACGGUCCAGCUAUAGGUGACAUGGCGGAGAGCGCCGCCGUCACCGCUGACAUCGCCGGGACGGAGGAAGUGGUCAGCCAGAUGACUACCGAUACCACUAAACAUCAGUCGGAACAGACCGCGCUCGUCGUCAUCCCAUCGGAUGUUACCGUGUAUAAGGGAUCCCCGAAAAAAGACUCCGACGGCCCAGCGAUGAGUGACAUGACAGAAAGCACCGACGUCACCGGUGGCAUCGCCGAUACGAAGGCAGUGGCCAGCCAGAGGAGAAUCGAUAACCCUCAACAUCAGUCGGAACACACCGCGCUUGACGUUAUCCCGCAGGAUGUUCCCAAGUAUAAGGGAGCCCCGACAAAAAGAGCAGAAACUUCCAGUCAUGAUGUAGCUGAAAACCUGUCUGCCUCAGAUGCACAUACCCAGCUGUCUAAAAGGAAGUAUCUGGGUACACAUCCUGUCCAUAUAAGUAAUUUGGUUGGGCCAGACUGGAAAGUCAGCACCCGGGCAGUAGACCACGGUCACAUACAGGACCUCCAGUCACCCUUCCAAGGGAGUUUUCAUGGGCAGCUGGUUGUUCUGUACGGCAUUGUCCAGAAGCGGAUGUUAGGCAAAGUUGAGGAGCCUGGUUCCUGCCAAAUUCAGACCAUUGGGGGGAAUCACACCCGCAUUGCGCUCCAAGAGCUGAGGAGUAAAGGUGUAGAGACACCCUCACUAGUGCAAUGCCACCUGUACUGUGAUACAAUUCCACGGGAGAACGCACUAGUCCUCGGUCUCCAUCAUGACAUGGUGCACGAAGAGUUGAGCAAGCCACUUUCGUUCCUGGAUAAGGCUAAGAUCAUGAGAGAUGUGAGGCCGGAGGACCGGGACUCAAAGAAGUGGAAGCGGAGGAUUGGCCUCAUCUUCAAGGAAGAUAACCUGAUGAAGGUGAUGGGAAAGUUUUCCCUAUAUAUGGCAGUGGCAUCCCUGGAGGACAGCCUGUGGGAGCUUGCGGUGCGGGUGGAGGACAAGUUGUCGACUCCCAUCGUAAAAACAAUGAUGGAGGUCCUGCCCGACCGCAAGAGGGAUGCCCUUGAAGCCCUUGAAAAGGGAAUGAACAACUUCAAAAGUUUGAUUGCCAGUGUGAAGUCUGAGGAAGGGGAGGAAAAGUCCAAUAAGCGAAAGGCUGAGAAUGAUGUUGAGGUUCUGCAGGAGGAGGUUUCUGUGAGUGCAGUGGAGUCCUCACCAUCUCUUGAAUUACAAGAGUUAAGGAAACGUUACGAUGACCUCAAAGAAGCCUUCAACCGCCUGAAGGAAGAACAGUCCAUGAAAGAAGACUUCAGUGAUGGGGAGGAGGUAUCCGUCAUAAGGGUUGAAGACGGGCAGACCAUUUUGUAUGAUGCUGUUAUCUUAAAGAAAGAGUAUUACAUUAAGUAUGUGGCGGACAACCAAAGAGGUCGAGUUGGUCAGGCUUCCCUGAAGAAGAAGUAAAGGGCACAGACAGAUAUAAAACAUUUGUUAUAUGUGUAAAUAAUGUACAAAUAUAUGGUUCCUUUUCACAUUGUGCCUAUCUGUAUAAAAUACUGUUUUUCUAUUGGUUGUCAAUCAAACAGAAUAUAGUAAUUAUAUCUGUUGAUUUUUAUAAAUUUAUUUAAUUUUCUGCAGUCAAUUGAAUAAAAUUGGUAAAGUUCUAUGGUAAGGUAAAAGUUGCCCAAAAUUGUUUUUGAUUGGUCAAUAUUUGUCUGAAUAUUCAUAUUAACCAAUGAAAUCAUUUACUUUUGCACUGUAGCCUAAAGAUGACCUGUGGACAAAUUAUCAAAGUUUUAUACAAUCAACUGCCCUUGUCUCAUAAUUAAAGAUAAUAAAUUAUCAUUUGUUUGGAUGCAACACUGCAAAAAUUUAUAAGAUGUUUUGCUUCAAUAAGGUAAUUGACUUUCAGCUGCAAAAGUACUAAGUUCAUAUAUACUGUAGACUGAUGAUAAAGGACAUUAUGAUUAUAAUUUGUUAAAUUUAGCUAUUCUUGCAUUAUUUUCCUGUGUAACUGAGCUGUAUUUAAACAAGGUCAUGAAAUUUGAGAUGUGAUAAUUACAUAUAUAUAUACCGGAAAUGAGUAGAAAUCCCUGUUUGGUUAUACACACUGUUGUGGUACGUUGGUCCCCCUAUUUUUCACGUGGAUCGGAGAUGAAGUCCUUUGAUGAUUAGAAAAUGGUAAAAUAUCUCAAAUGGACAAAACAGCAAAAAUCCCAUUUGCCUGAUUAGAUAAACAAUGCAAAAUGCUUUCAUACAAAAAAUUCCUCGUUUGGGAAUAGCCUUGUUUCCGGUAAACUAGAAUUUCAACGAUAUCCAAAAAAUGUUCAAUGAACAAAUUAGCACAACAACGGUUUUGGCAGACAAACAAAAAAAGAAUGUUUAGCUUAGCAACGACUUAAAGUGGAAUUGACAGUGAAGGGACAAACAAAGCUUACACAAAAAUAGCUUCUUUUUUUUUCUUUUGCAUUCUUUUAAAUCCAAGAAAAGGCUUUUUGCAAAGCAUAGGAGUAUAAUUCAAAGAUUAGUACUAUUCGCAGUAAGUCUGGAUACAGUUUAUGCUGUAGAUAAUGUCUGUUUGAUAACCAUGUGUACCUCAGAAUCUCUGUUUGCUCAAAACUCCGAAAACAUUCUUACACACAUUUAAAAUUGUGAAUGUUUAUCAUUCAGCUUUUGGUAUUUUAUUUGAACUCAAUAACACCAGCCACAUCAUUUUCUUUGAAUUUGACUCAGUUAAAUAAAGACCAGAAAAGUCAAUGACGUGUUUACGUAUGUAUAAACGAAUUAACCACUCCGCAAAAAGUAUAUGCUUGUUGUUUUCUUAUUUGCUAAGUGCUAUGUGUCCUUUGAGUGUCUUCAAUUGUUUAGAAAUUUACAGUUCAAAGAAAAAAAUAGAUUAAACAGUCUCCAAAUCAUUUGAAAGCACUGCGGCUGUACCUUCUAGAAAACCAAGGAAGUAUCUCAAUAAUGACGGGUCAAAAUAUAAUAAAUGAGAUUCAAAUGUGUAUAAUAGUAUAUAAUAUCUGAUCGACAUUAUAACAUAGAGUAAAUAAUGUAUAUGAAUGUGCAACAUUUCAUCUGAGAAAAUAUGUAUCAAUGGAGUGCUUGUGAGUGUGUAUAUCUAAUGAAUGGUGUUAAAAGAUUACGUUCAGCAAAGCGCACAAACAGUUCAUAUUUCGAUUUAUAGAAACGUUCAAUCAAUCAAGUAUGUAAAUUAAUAAUUAGAAAGGUAAAUAUUUGAUUCUUAUAUUACAAACUUUCUUUGAUUAUGUUGACCUGCU